GCUGUAGUUUAUUGAUAAUGUGUUGGACAGGUUUAAGUUGGGGGCUGUAGUGCUACAUAGUCCUGUAUAUUGUCAGGAAUGAUUCACUUACCUUUAAAGACCCCAGGAUUCUGGCAGCUUUAGUUUCCAGAUAAGUUUUGUGACUAAUCAUUUGAUAGGAGGAAAGAUAUGUCUCAUUGCUAAGUCAGAAAGACUACAGGUGAGAGAAUAACUUCUCAGACCUGCCAGUGAAGCAACAGCUGUAGCAGUUUAUCUUCCUCUUGUAAAGAUUUGGGAAAGGACGGAGCAUGAUUAAGGUUAUGUCCAGCUAGCAUGUCAGAGAUAGCUUGCAACUACUGUAUAUGGCUGCAGCUAAGGAGUGAAAAUAUGAUAUGCAGAAGGUGGUGGAAGGGCUGGAGAGAAAACCCCUACAGCAGCAGUGGGCAACCUGUGGCCUGAGGGGGACACACAGCUCAUUGGAGUUCUGUGUGGACCAUGAGACAUUUUGUUUGUUAGUGCCUAUGCACAGGGUUGCCAGAUUCCAUUGGUUUCUGUCCAUAUCAUUUUUUUCUACUGAUAUUACUAAAGUGACACACGUGUAAAACAAAGGCAUGUGAAGUGAGAUACACGUUGAUUGCACAAUGACUGUAAGAGCCAUGUGCUCCCACCGCAUUCAAUCAAAGUGCUGCUGUAGUUCAAUCUGCACAUUGCAAAUUCUAGGUACACAAAAGCAAUUAGCAAAACUACCCUAUCCAGGGAGAGCAUCUUGACUACAACUGUCCUGAAGUCCACUGAGAUGAUGGAGGGCCACUUAUGUGACCCACUCAUGACCUAGGUUGCCCAUUGCUGCCCCUCAGUUGGUGAUAUGAGGGGAGGACAACAAAGAAAAUCUAACUGAAGGUCUGUGAAGCUUGUAAGCCUUAAAGAUAAGGUGCAUGAGAGGGAGAUUCCUGUUCAAGUAUUCAAAUAGAACUAACAUUUUAUUAAAACAGAGAGAGUGAUCCUAUUUUGGAACUCUAUGCAUGUAAUGUGUGAGUCUUCCAAAUGUCUGAUUGCAGAGGAAACUGAGGCAUAGUGGUGUGCCUGAAAAGAGAGACUACGUAAUCUGAUUUACCCAAACUUGGGCUGGCAAAGGAAUUGCAUCAGUAUGAAGUGGUAGGAGAGGUAAGGUACAGCUAUUUUUGAAACUAUAAUCACUCUGUGAGGGGGGGGACACUUAUCUACACACACAUCCCUUAUUCUAGGCAUCAGCUACUACAGGUUGCAUCUCCCUAAACCAGAACUCUCUGGGCUGGCAACAUCCAUGGUCCAACAUGACCACAGCUGUUUCUGCAUGAGAGCGCCCUGGAGCAGAAGGGCCAGCAACUGGGAGUCGGGCAAGUGUGGUAGCAGCAGGGCCACAGCAGCAGUGCUGGGGCACCAUCCGAGCUGCCUACCACCUGGCAGCAAGGCCACGUGAUUAGGGCCACCUGCUGUCCGGCAGUGGGGCUGGGGCUGCAGUCACAGCAACCUGGGAGGGGAAGUCUGGCUGGGGCCAUGGCAGCCCAGCAGAAGCAGCCUGAUGGGGACCGCAUGCCACUCCACAGCAGACUGAGGCCACCUGCUGCCUGGGCCAUACCAGAUCCAGGGCUGGCCAGCAGGCAGCCCAGCUGGACCGAAGGAGCCAGGCAUGGGCUGAAGGGUUGGUGUCAGGGGACCUCCCCUUGUCCAGCAAAUUCCCUCGUCCAGGACUGGUCAGGUCCCAAGGGUGCUGAACCAGCGAGGUGCAACCUGUACUGCUUCUACCAAACAAAGCAAAAUAAGGGUAUCUAACUCUGUUUCACCUCAGCUGGCCUAAGACUUAAAAAGACAUCUGAACUGACCAAGUAUUAGUCUUUCAUUAUUACCAGGUAUAAACAAGUUAUGAAAGCUUUUAUCAUAGUACAGAUAUUUCCCAAGUCUUUACAAUAGCAGCUUGUAUUAAAUAUUACAUCACUGGAUAACUUUUAGAGGCACCAGAAGAAUGGGCUCAGAGUGGCUGUAGCUUAGCCCAAUGCACUAGGAAUUUUUGUAGUGCAGUAAGAGGAAGCUAGCAUUGCCAAUAGUUGUGAUGCCCAACCGCGCUUUCAGAGACUGACACUAGCUUACCAAGUUUCCCAUCCAGAAAAGUGGUAUUCAUCAAUACAGCAGUUCCUAUGGAAACAUUAUACCUGGGCUAAAGCUAAGAAGUUGGAACAAGUACCCACUGGCUGAGUGAAGCCCAGCAAGACUGGGACACACAGAGGAGUGUGAGAGGUCUGCCACCUCCCCUGGAUCCUUGCUCACAGACAGGCCUGAGGGGAAGUAAUUCAGUAGGGGAACUUAAGAGGUAUAUCUGAGGGGGCAUGACCGCAGUGCGUCUACCUGGACUUAUUGGAAAAAACUGGGAGGUGGGUGGUGCAAGCCUGCCCACUUCUAAGUGCCUCUCUCCCAUCCCUGUAGGAGAGACCACUGGGCCCAGGACUCAACUCAACUUUAAAAUGAGGGAGCUGGAAGGGGACACUGAGCAGAGAACCUCAGAGAGCCCCUGCUGCUCCUGGAAGCUGUCUAGAGAGCCAGUGGAUGCUGCCCAGAGGAAUGCUACCCAGAGCGUGACACUAGCCGCUUGUCCAGCAUCCGCCUCCUGGUGCUGUAGAUGGUGGCCUUAGCCAGGGCCAGGAGGAGGCUGAAGAGCUGCUCCCAAUGCAGCCACCUGAAGAUCUCACCCUGCUCUGCCCGCCAGCCUGGUGCCCUGCAGCGGGAGCGGGCUCACCACGUUCCGGCCCGGGCUCCGAACGCGGGAGGGCGCUCGUCACUGGCUCACCGCGUUGCGCACCCCACGACAGGUCAGUCCGUAGCGGGCGCUGAGGAGACUUGGCUCUGCACGUGAGGCUCAGGGGCGGCUGCCUUGGGAGGCGCGGGCCGGGCGGGGUCGCUCACCGCGUGUAACUGGGGCGCUUCCGCCCGGCUCGGCUCUGCAUGAGGCUCGUCCGGCGCUGAGGCGCCACCCUGCGAGGGGGGCGGGGCGGAGCUGGCUCGGUGCAAGGCGCCUCGGAAGGGGCGGAGAAGGGGAGCGGCUCGCAGGCGGGGGCAGUGGGCGGAGCAGCGCUGGGGGCUCUGAGGAGGCGGGGACGGCCGGGCCGGGCCGCCAGUGUCUGCCCCCUCCCCCGGCGCUGUGUCCGGUGUAACAAAGCCUUGGUAACCGAGUUGCUAGCGCCGUGGUCGGUGCCUGGUAACCAGGCGCUGCCCCUUUAAGCGGCCGGGGCGUUUCCUUGCCGGAGGCGGGGAAGAGCCGAAGUUCCCUCCGGCGCCCGCCCGCCCGCUCACUCGCUCUGUGCGUGCAGGAGCUGGCAGCUCCCGGGUCCCGGUUCUCACUCCCAUGCGGGCGGUGACGGCAGGCUGGGUAGCGCGGCCGCGGGCGGGCGGCUCCUCUCGGCAUGUCCUGGGGGCGCCCUGCCUGCUGAGGCGGCUCAGGUCCCGCCGGAGCGGCCCCGGGGUCCCAUGAGUUCCGAGCUGCUUCGCGCCCUCUUUAAGAUGGAGCCGGCUCCGUCCGCCUCCGAGUUACUGGUGGGAGCUUCCGAGUUCCUGAAAGAUCGAUUAUAUUUUGCUACUUUACGGAAUAAACCCAAAAGCACAGUAAAUACCCACUAUUUCUGUACUGAUGAGGAGCUGGUGUAUGAAAAUUUCUAUGCAGAUUUUGGACCUUUAAAUUUGGCGAUGUUAUACAGAUACUGCUGCAAACUAAAUAAGAAGUUAAAGUCUUUCAGUCUAUCGAGAAAGAAAAUAGUCCACUAUACCACUUUUGAUCAACGGAAACGAGCAAAUGCGGCACUUUUAAUAGGGUCAUAUGUGGUAAUUUACUUAAAGAAAACACCAGAAGAAGCAUACAGAGCACUUCUAUCUGGAUCUAAUCCACCAUAUCUUCCAUUUAGGGAUGCCUCAUUUGGAAACUGCACAUACAAUCUCAAAAUCCUGGAUUGCUUACAGGGAAUAAAAAAGGCCUUUCAGCAUGGAUUUUUUGAUUUUAAGACAUUUGAUGUGGAUGAGUAUGAACACUAUGAGCGAGUAGAAAAUGGUGACUUCAACUGGAUUGUUCCAGGAAAAUUUUUAGCGUUUAGUGGACCCCACCCAAAAACUAAAAUUGAAAAUGGUUAUCCUCUUCAUGCACCUGAAGCCUACUUUCCCUAUUUCAGGAAGCACAAUGUCACAUCGAUUGUAAGACUAAACAAAAAGAUCUAUGAGGGAAAACGUUUUACAGAUGCUGGCUUUGAGCAUUAUGACUUGUUCUUCAUAGAUGGAAGCACACCAAGUGACAGUAUAGUGCGACGGUUCUUAAACAUCUGCGAGAAUGCCGAAGGUGCUAUAGCUGUACACUGUAAAGCUGGUCUGGGGAGAACAGGAACAUUGAUAGCCUGUUACAUAAUGAAACAUUAUAGAUUCACACAUGCUGAAGUCAUUGCUUGGGUUAGAAUAUGCCGGCCAGGCUCAAUUAUAGGACCCCAGCAACACUUUUUGGAAGAGAAGCAAGCAACAUUGUGGAUCCAAGAUGACGGAACUGUGAAUAAAAUUCUUUCUAGUUUGGAUGACCUUUCAAUCAGUAAUGACAACGAAGGCAGUGCAGAAUUGGAAUCUAAGAAUGGCAUGACACAGGGAGACAAACUUCGUGCCUUAAAAAGUCAGAGACAGCCUCGAUCUGCUACAACUGGUGCUCUGAGGCUGGAAGAUAUGAAAUUGCACACCAGAUCAACAUCACAACCUUUCAGGUUGAAUAGUUCAAGUAGUAUACAAGGGUCCAUGUCUCCUUUGAAGUCCUCCAAGGUGUCAGUAGCUGUUUCACCCUCUGCAAAGAGAAUAAGCAAAAGCCCUACAUCCUUAGGAUCUAAUUUAAAAAGCGUUUCCGUAAACUCCAGGCUAGCCAAUUCUCUAGGGAACCUGUAUGCCGCCUCAGAUGACACAGAGAGCAAAAUGACGUCAGCAUCCUCUAGGACAGGUUUUUCUGUAAACCAAAUCUCCAGUCAUUUGAAUGGCAGCUUGCAGCUGCCUGUCAGAAAUUACCAUGAGCUGAACAACAACCUAUACAACAGAAGCAGCAAUAAUGGCACCAACCUCAACAGUCAUGCCAGUUCUCUCCGCACCGGGACAGAUGAUGACUACAGCAUCUACCAUCCCUCCUUUACUGGGUUAACUGCUACUCCAGCACGAUACCUGAGUCGUUCAAUUCCUUCCCUUCAGUCUGAACAUGUUCAGUACUAAAGGCUUGCUGCUUCGAUGAAAGCUGCCCAGCUCUUAAAAUCCCAUUUCUUCAUGGAGGAACAAUGUUGAGGGGAAGAAAUUGCUCACUGAGAGGAGAAGUCUUCAUCCUUAGAUAAAUUAAAACAUUAAAAACUUAGACAUCAAGGAGCAACUUUGAGCACCAGAGAUUUCUGGUUUAAAAACUACUGCAAAUGCACUGAAGUUAACAUUAUGAAAAUUGCAACGAUUUUUGUAUACAGAUGAAAAAUUUUAAUGUUGAUGUGAGGAUAUUUCUAAUGGAUUUCAAUAAUACAUUUAUAAUUACAUUUGUGUAUACAGUGUUACAAUAUGUAUGUAUUAAGAAAAGGAAUAUUUUGGUAAACUGAAUAUAUAUAUAUAUAUAAUUAUGUAAAAAUUAGAAUAUAUUUUGAUUUAGGUUUCUUCACUUCUUUGCUACCAAAAAUAUGUAUUUUUAAAUAUAUAUUUAAGGUUUAUCUUCAAUGUAUGAAACCAUUUUAUGAACAAAACCAUUUUUUAUUUUGAUUUUAUGGGUCCACUGUUACUGCUACAAGCUCAGUUUAAUUAUAUUGGCAACUAAUCUGCUUUAUAUAACUUAAUUAGGAAGUUAGUUGUAGCAUCAGUAGAAUGUAGUAUAUUAUCAGGUUUUCCUUUUCAACUGGUAAUGUUCCAUGCGGUCAUCUUAAAAGGAACUUAAAAUAGCUACCUGUGGAUUAGAGAAAACUCUACAUUCCUGUCCUGUCCUCCCUUUGAAUGAAAAAAUAAUAUAGCUAAUAAUUCUGGUAUAUUGCUAAUGUUUUCCCUCUGAUGAUUUAUUUUAAAGAGAUGUUUUAGCUCUUUACUUUCAGCAUGGCGGAAUGUGUGAACUAUUUGGUCUACCCUAUUAUUUGUGUUGUAGUAGUUUUAAAAUGAAACAUAAUUCAGAAUUAAACUUCUGCUGUUCAUUUAAACCGUGAAUGAAAAGAAAGGCCAAAUUCAAAACCGACAGAAGCAGAACAAUUCCAUUGAAUUUGGAGGUGUUUCACACCUUUUUAUAACAAUGACCAGAUGUGUAACCUGGGUGGCAAAAAAUGUUACUAUAGAUUUGGACAUGAAAGUAGAAAACUAUUUGUAUUAAUGUUUGCAAGUAAAUUAAUAUCUUUUAUAGACAUUUGCUCUUGACUUUACUCAUUAGCUAGUUAAGACAUAUAGUUAAACUAUUAAUUAUUACACCAAACUUAUUUCACCAAUAGUAAAGAAAACCUUGAACUUAUAGAUGUAUUUAGAGCUAAUUAGGAAUAAAACUUGGUGAAAGCAUUUCAAACAAUGUUAGCAGAUGAAGUUUGUAGUACUUUACUAUAGGUUUAACCUCUCUAGUCCGGCACCCUCAGGACCUGACUGGUGCCGAACCAGAGAAUUUGCUGAAUCAUUAAAGGUCAAUAUUGUAUAGCAACAUUACCUACACUUCCACUGCUUACUGG